GGGCCCUUAAUUAACAUGGCUACUGCCUCCUGCCUAUCGGGUCUUUUCUAAAUAGGUCAUCACCUCGUCGCCUGCGUAGAGAUCACGUGCGCUAAUCUGCCAAUCGGGGGAGAGCGCUUCGAUUAGCGGAAAUUUCUGGGAAAAGUAUUGCUGAGCCGUCCGGCGUGGUUCCGUCGUUUCUUACUGCCGCGUGUCGUGGAGUCUUGGCUCGAUGUGUUCAUCGCCCCGACUAAAUUGGCCCUGUUUUAAUCUGCCAGUGUAAGACGCUAACAUAAACUACGUUUCGCAGCAUGCCGGGUACCACUAAUGAAGGAACUUCAGAAAUAUGCUGAUGUCAAGCAUUUUAACAAAUGAAGGAAAAGAUGUUGUCAUUUUGAUUUGGGCUUUUAGUUUAUUUUCUUCUGAGAAUGAUAAAAACUUAUUUGUUUUAAUGAGAUAGUUAAAUGUGUUAGUGACACCAAUCAUUUAUUUUCCCAGCUUACAAGGUUUUGACAAGUCUGUCAGUUUCCUUUAUAUAUUUAUUACGAAGUGGUUCCUUUAAAAAAUCCUUCAGUUUUAAUUAUUCAGCAUUAUGGGUUUUUCCCUCCCAAUAAGAAAUUGGGUUUUGCAGACAUUAACAUUCCUCCCCAUGCCAACACAGCAAAAAUUGCCAGCUGUGUGUAGGUGCUUCACUUUUACCACAUCAUGUAGGCGGGCAGAGUCAAUAGAUCCUAAAGCAUUUCAUUCAGAAAUUAAAAUAAAAGAAGACAGUGUGAAGAAGAACAGCGCUGGUAAAGACAGAUUUCCCCCCCACCCUUUCAAUGCAUUUGCUGCCGGAUCAUCCAAGAGGAGGGCAAUAUAUCAGAAAAAUGUUGCAGUUGCAAAUGAUUCUCUUAUUCCUUUGAAGACAGUCUCUCCUCCAGACAAACCUUUGAGUGCCAAGGAAUGGGAAAAGUUAAAAGAAGAAUGUCAAGAAUAUAAAAAAUUUGAAGAUGUUAUGUUUGACAGCAUGGUUAAUAAUAAUAGCCCGGUAGAUGUGGCUAAAUCCUUGCUGGCUGCGGUGGCUAAGCGUGAUGGAGAUGUUGAAUAUAGUUAUUUGGUGAAGUACUUGACUCUGUGUGUUUUUCAUAAGCAAAUGGGAGAGAUUUAUGAUAUCUAUAAUAUUAUGAAAACCAAAUAUAAAUAUUUAGAAGAUUCAGCGUAUUCUUUGCUCAUCAAAGGCUUGAGUGGUUCCCCACACUGGAAAGAGACCUUGAUACUACUGGAAAAGAUUAAAAAAGUCUCGUUCCCUUCAAGACAAAAUUAUGGAGACUGUAUUGAGGGUGCCCUACUCAACCAAGAAAGAAACCUUGCAUUUGAAUUGUUUCAUGAGAUGUUAGCUGAAAAUCUGACGCCAAACUUGACAACAAUAAAGCUUUUCUUCAACUUUUGUCAGCCUGUGAAGGAUGACCAUUUGAAAAAUAAAUGUAUUGAUAUCCUCUACUACUUAAGAGAGAAUCAAAUUUAUCCUGAGGAAUCUCUCAUGCUGAGCAUAAAGCAGUGGUUUGAAAGUAUUCCAGGGGAGAACUGGAAAGGAAAUUUAACAACCAUGAAUUAUAGCAGGCAGUGUCCAUCUUGUGGUCAGCCUUUGGAAGAUAUUAAUCUGAAUCAAGAAGAAUUCAUCAUUCUGAAGGAAAAAAUAAAAAAGGAUGUGAUAGAAGGCACUGAUGUAUUUCGAAAUACAUCUCCCCAG